AGGGGGACAUGGAUUUUGAUUUAAUAAUUAAUAGGAAAUAAUAAAAGUAAAAGGUGGUAGAACCGGUUGAGCCGGUGGCGCGAGGGUGGAGUGGCAGCAGAGGAUAAUAGCAGCGUUGGGAGGCAGUAUAUAUAAGAGCAAUGGGUGAAAGAGAGGCAUAGAGAGAGUUGGGUGAGUGAGGAAAAUGGAGUUGUUCUUCUACACGGUGUUCGGCGGUUUGGCCGCGGUGGUGGCAGCCAUGGAACUCAGCAAGAACAACAAGGAUCGAAUCAACACAUCUGGCGCAUUCAAUUCCUUCAAAAACAACUACCUCCUCGUCUAUUCCCUCAUGAUGGCUGGAGAUUGGCUGCAAGGUCCAUAUGUUUACUACCUUUACAGUACAUAUGGAUAUGGGAAAGGGGACAUAGGACAACUGUUCAUUGCUGGUUUUGGAUCUUCCAUGCUCUUUGGAACAAUUGUGGGAUCUCUAGCUGACAAACAAGGCCGGAAGAGGGCUUGUGUGACUUACUGCAUAACCUACAUUUUGAGCUGCAUCACCAAGCAUUCUCCUCAAUACAAAGUCCUCAUGUUGGGCCGUGUUUUGGGAGGUAUUGCUACUUCACUUCUGUUUUCAGCAUUUGAAUCGUGGCUUGUUGCUGAGCACUUCAAGAGGGGCUUUGAUCAACAAUGGCUAUCAUUAACAUUCUCAAAGGCUAUAUUUCUUGGAAAUGGUCUUGUUGCUAUUUUGGCUGGACUGUUUGGAAAUGUCCUUGUUGAUACGUUGUCUCUUGGACCUGUGGCCCCCUUUGAUGCUGCUUCAUGUUUUCUUGCUAUUGGUAUGGCCAUCAUACUAUCUACAUGGACAGAAAAUUAUGGGGAUCCUUCAGAUAACAAGGACUUGCUUACCCAAUUCAGGGGUGCUGCCGUUGCCAUUGCUUCUGAUGAAAAAAUAGCCUUGCUGGGUGCCAUACAGUCUCUCUUUGAAGGUUCAAUGUACACCUUUGUGUUUCUGUGGACUCCUGCAUUGAGCCCAAAUGAUGAAGAUAUUCCCCAUGGUUUUAUUUUUGCAACAUUCAUGUUAGCUUCAAUGUUGGGAAGCUCACUUGCAUCUAAGUUGAUGGCCCGCACAUCACUCCGAGUAGAGAGCUAUAUGCAGAUCGUUUUUGCAGUUUCAUCUGCUUCUCUGAUGCUUCCCAUUCUGACCACUUUCUUGGUAGUUCCUUCCCAAGUGAAAGGUGGAAGCAUCUCGUUUUCUGGUUGCGUUCAGCUUCUUGGCUUCUGUGCUUUUGAGAGUUGUGUUGGCAUAUUCUGGCCAUCCAUUAUGAAGAUGAGGUCUCAAUACAUUCCUGAGGAGGCCAGGAGCACCAUCAUGAACUUUUUCCGCAUUCCUCUGAACAUUUUUGUGUGUGUUGUGCUGUACAAUGUUGAUGCAUUCCCUAUCACUGUUAUGUUUGGCAUGUGCUCAAUCUUCCUUUUGGUGGCUUGUUUCUUACAAAGGCGAUUGAUGGUUAUUUCAGAUAAGCCAAAAACAGAAGAUUGGCAAUUGAAGGAUAGGGACGCCGAGUCAGAACCAUUGACCCUUUAACUGGCUUUUGCGCAAGUUUUGCGGAGGCACUGAACUUCUGCUUCAGUCUUACUAAUGCAGUUUAUGUCUAUGACUGUGUUCGAUGCGAUAAGAGUGAAGGUAAACCUGAUGCUCACAAAGAGAUGGGAUUCAAUUUCAAGCAACAAGCAGAAAGGACAAGUGGAGCAAUUUUUUAAGUGUUUUUGGUAUAAAUAUUGUAGUGCAGUAGAUUUCUAUUGGCUAUUACUUGAGGAGAAAUCUCCGUUUUGGUAGUUCUGAUGGUAUUCUUUUGGGGGCAGUAUCUAUGUUUGUCCCGUUGGGAAUAGUAUAUAUGCCAUACUAUUUCUUUCUUUGGAUUUUAAUUUUGUAAUGAAAUCGUACUCCAUUCAAUUAAUGCAUCCUUUUUAUUUUCAGUUA